AUGGCAGCGGACCCCGAAAAGGCCGAGAGCCUCACCGACGAGAGCAUCGAUGGCUCGUCGUCGUCGGCGACGGAAGUUCCGACCUUUGAGGCCAUUGCACCAUCCAGGACGAACCAGAGCCGCCGGUCGAUCGCGACGCAGCGGCUCGGCAGCGGCGACGCCUACGAGGUGCUCGCCUACGCCGUGACGCCCGACGUCGAGACCGAGGCCGAGCGUGAGGCGCGCGAGCCCAUCACCUACACGAGGACCGGCACGAGCGUGACGAGCGUCGCCUCGCGCCCGCCCGACUUUGAGGUCAUGUUCGACGACGACGACGUCGAGAACCCGAGAAACUGGUCGUUUGGCUACCGCUGCUGGUGCGUCGCCGUCGUCUCCCUCGCCACCUGGGUCGCCACCAUGUACAGCACGAGCUACACGUCGUCGACGCCGGGGCUCAUGAGCGAGUUCGCCUCGUCGACGACGACCGUCACCCUCGGCAUGACCACCUACCUGCUGGGCCUGGCCGCCGGCAGCCUCGUCGUUGCCCCCAUGAGCGAGGUCUACGGCCGCCGGCCCGUCUACAUUGUCUGCCUGAUCCUCUGGGCCCUGCUGAUCAUCCCGUGCGGCCUCGCGCGAUCCUUGACGACCAUUAUCGUCACCCGCUUCUUCGGGUACGUCAUCCUCGUCUUUCUCGUCUUUCUCGUCUUUCCCGUCUUUCCCGUCUUCCUCCUCUUCCUCGUCUUCCUCGUCUUCCUCGUUCCUCCUCCUCCUCCUCUUCCUCCUCUUUCUCCUCUUCCUCCUCCUCCUCCGCUUCCUCCUCCCCACUCCCCCGCUCUCUCGCCCGUCCUCGCCCGUCCUCGCCCCGCCUUCUUCGGUGCCGUCAUGAUCUCCAACGCGCCCGGCACCGUCGUCGACAUCUCGAACCCCGACUACCUCGCGAGAAGCAUGUCCUUCUUCGGCGUCGCGCCCCUCAACGGGCCCGUGACCGGACCCAUCAUCGGCGGCUUCGUCUUCCAGUACCUCGGCUGGCGCUGGUCCAACUGGAUCGUCCUCAUCAUGGCCGGGCUCACCAUCGCCCUCAUGCUCACCGUCGACGAGACGUACGCGCCCGCCAUCCUGAAGCGCAAGGCCGCCCGGCUGCGGAGGCGGACCGACGAUCCGAGGUGGUGGUGCCAGUACGACCAGCGCGUCUCGACGCUGCACCUGCUCCGCGUCAACCUGAGCCGCCCCUUCGUCCUCUUCGCGACGGAGCCCAUCCUCUGGUUCCUGAACUUUUGGUGCGCCGCCCCUCGCGCCCUCGCCGACCGCCCGCCGAGAUCCCCCCCCCCCUCGCUGACCGUCGAGCCCUGCAGGAUAUCCGUGGUCUACGGCAUCCUCUACCUCUGCUUCGUCGCCUACCCCAUCGUCUUCUCGCAGCACCGAGGCUGGGGUCCCGGCACCUCGGGCCUCGCCUUCACCGGCAUCGGCGUCGGCACCUUGGCCGCCAUCGCCGCCGAGCCCCUCUUCCGCCGCCUCAUCCACGCGCAGCCGCGGGACCCCGAGACGGGCAAGGUGCUGCCCGAGGCCCAGGCUCUCGUCAUGGCCAUCGGCUCCGUCUCGGCCACGCUCGGCCAGCUCGGCUUCUCGUGGACCUGCCUCCCCGUCACCAUCCACUUCGCCGCCCCCAUGGCCUUUGGCAUCCCCUUCGGCUUCGGCAACACGCUCAGCUUCAUCUACGGAUCCAACUACCUCGCCGGCACCUACGGCAUCUACGCCGCGAGCGCCCUGGCUGGCAACGCCGUCAUCCGCAGCAUCUUCGGCGCCGCCCUGCCGCUGGCGGGGCCCAAGAUGUUCGAGGCCCUCUCGCCCCGCUGGGCGGGGACACUGCUCGGCCUGCUCGAGGCCAUGACGAUACCCAUCCCCUUUGUCUUCUGGCGCUACGGCGGCCGGAUUCGCGCCCGGAGCGGCAUGAUCCGACAGCUUCGCGACGAGGACGAGAGGAUGGAGGCCAAGCGGGCGAAGAACGCGGCCAGGCUGGAGCGGAUGAAGGCCAAGCACGAGGCGCAAGAGCGGCCGCCGUCGUCAGGGGAGACGGGGUGA